AUGUCCAAACCACUAGUCUCCCACAUCUACACAGCCGACCCCUCUGCCCACGUCUUCAACAACAAACUCUACAUCUACCCCAGCCACGACCGCGAAACAACAAUCGCCUUCAACGACAAUGGCGAUCAAUACGACAUGGCCGACUACCACGUCUUCUCCAUGGACGCAAUCACCAGCCCUGUAACCGACCACGGCGUCGUCCUCCGCGACAAAGACAUCCCCUGGGUCUCAAAGCAACUCUGGGCACCCGACGCCGCAACAAAAAAUAAUAAAUUCUACCUCUUCUUUCCGGCCCGUGACCAAAAGGGUAUAUUCCGUAUCGGUGUCGCUGUCGCCGAUUCACCCGAAGGUCCGUUCGUCCCGCAGAAGGAUUAUAUCCAGGGAACGUACAGUAUCGACCCUGCUGUCUUUGUGGAUGAGGAUGCCGGUGGCGAGGCGUAUCUCUAUGUUGGUGGGAUUUGGGGCGGGCAAUUGCAGUGUUGGGUUGAAGGGAAGGAUGAGGAUGAGGAUGGAGAGGGGGAAUGGGUUGAUGGGGAUAAGGGUGGUGUUAAUGGACAGAAGAAGAGACUUGUUUUCGACGAGAGCUUGUCUGGGCCUCAUGAGCCUGCUGGAGAGGGCGUUCGCGCGCUUUGCCCGCGUGUUGCGCUGUUGAAGGAUGACAUGUUAUCGCUGGCGUCGUCGGUUAAGGAGGUUGUUAUUCUUGCGCCGGAGACUGGGGAGCCUUUGUUGGCGGAUGAUCAUGAGAGGAGAUUCUUUGAGGCGGCUUGGGUGCACCGGUAUCAGGGGACCUAUUAUUUCUCGUACUCGACGGGUGAUACGCAUUUCUUGGCUUAUGCCACGGGGUCUUCGCCUUGGGGUCCGUUUACCUAUCGGGGACACAUUCUGGAUCCGGUGCUUGGGUGGACGACGCAUCAUUCCAUUGUUGAGUUCCAGGGGAAGUGGUACUUGUUUUAUCAUGACUGUGAGCUUUCGGAGGGGGUGGAUCAUUUGAGGUCAGUGAAGGUGAGGGAGAUUGUUUACGAUGAGGAAGGGGCUAUUCAUCUUGCCGAAGAACAAACUCCUGUGCAAUAG